AUGGCCGAUUCUCAGCAUGUGGCUGAUGUGGCGCACUGUGUUGCCAACUUGAGGAAACGAUUCCAUCAUUCUAUCGCUCCAGGUGGCCUUGCAGGGGAUCGGCGUGGCGUAGUUCCUGCUUCUGGCUUUUCUUUUAGUGCUCAGGAAAUCUGGAAAAUCAUUAAGGAGAAUAAGGAUCUCGACCUUCCCGCACACAAGGUCAUGGUUGCUACUGUACGAUGUGAAGAAAUUGCUAAUGAAAAAUAUGACCUUUUUGCUUCAAAUAAGGACUGGUGUGAGUUGAAAGAGGCCGUUGAAUCUGGUCCUGUUCCUGGUUUUGGGAAAAAUGCCAAUUCACUCCUAUCCAAUAGCCUUUCAGAAUAUGAUGCUGAAGCCAAUUAUUUUGACGAAGGUGUUAGAUCGGCAAAACAAAAGCAACUUCAAGAAAAAUUGUUGCAACUUGUCCAACCAGCAUUCCAAAUUGCGCUGGGACAUGUAAGGUCCGGAGUUUUGGAAAAGUUCAAGGAAGCAUUUGACAAGGCUUUGAAUAGAGGGGAAGGGUUUUCUUCUGCUGCUAAUUCGUGCGUAGAGUCUUAUAUGGCUCGGUUUGAUGAAGGAUGUGCAGAUGUUGUCAUUGAAAUAGCAGACUGGGAUACAUCUAAAGUGAGGGAGAAGCUACGGCGUGAUAUUGAUGCACAUGUCUCAUCUGUUCGUGCAUCUAAGAUAUCAGAACUAGUUUCAUCAUAUGAGGAAAAACUGAAGGAGGCAUUGUCUGCACCUGUUGAAACUCUAUUGGAUGGAGCUAAUAAAGAUACUUGGCCAUCGAUAAGGAAACUUCUUAAUCGUGAGACUCAAUCAGCUGUUUCUGGGUUCUCUGCUGAACUUGACAGAUUUGAUAUGGACGAAGAAACAAAAAAGAGCAUGAUUGUGACUUUAGAGGAUUAUGCAAAGGGUAUGAUAGAAGCCAAGGCAAGGGAAGAAGCUAGCAGAGUUCUAAUCCGUAUGAAGGACAGUCAUGAUUCUGAUUCAAUGCCUCGUGUUUGGACGGGAAAAGAAGAUAUUCGAGCCAUCACAAAGUCUUCCCGCUCUGCAUGCUUGAAGUUGCUGUCUGUAAUGGCUGUAAUUCGUUUGGCUGAUGCUGAUGACAUUUAUGACAUAGAGAAAACAUUAAAAGUUGCAUUGGAAGAUUCAUCAAGCGGGUCUGGUAAAGAUAAGAGCAUCACGACACUUGAUCCACUGGCUUCAAGCACUUGGGAGCAGGUGCGAAUGGUGAGAAGAGAACUUGUGGAGCCUGAGUGUAUGGAAAUAACAGAAAGCGAAACAAAAAUGAAGGCAUGCUGGUAUAAACUGGAUCAGAAGUUGAGCCGUAAUCAAAAGGAAGCCAACAAUCGUAGCAACAACUGGUUACCUCCACCAUGGGCGAUCAUUGCUUUGCUUAUUCUUGGAUUUAAUGAAUUUAUGACACUUCUAAGAAAUCCCUUGUAUGUAUGUUUCAUCUUUGUUGGCUAUCUUCUCGUAAAAGCCCUAUGGGUGCAGCUUGACAUUGCGGGUGAAUUUCGAAAUGGAGCUCUUCCUGGACUUAUCUCCCUGUCUACCAAGUUUAUUCCAAUUAUCAUGAACCUUAUGAGAAAACUAGCAGAGGAGGGACAAAGCGCUGCAGCUGAUAAUCAUAAUAGAAACCCAUCAAAAAGCUAUAACAGGCCUGUUCCUUCUGGUAGAGUUACCUCAUCUAGUUCUUCUUCUAAUGUAACGUCAUUGGGCAAAAGAACCAACUCAACCGAGUUUACCAGUUCAUCAAAAGACGAGUAG